UAUGUUAUUAAUCUUUUGCGCAUAUGAAACUGUAAGGAAACAAUUAUAGAGAGAGAGAGUAAAAGAUGGGAAAAAAUAAAAUAAAAAUAAAGUAAUAAGGUGGGAGCCAACUACAACUACAGAGGAGGACGCAUCUCUGAGAAAAGCUACAAAGGACGCAUAAAUAAAUGACAGAGUAGUAUCACCGCAAAUACACAGCAAACGCUGUACUCUGCAUUAACUACUACUCCCUCAACAAAUCACCAUUUUCCACACUCUCCUCACUCUCCCCCACUCUCCUUCUCUCUCACUACCCACCAUUUUUCAACAACAACAACAAGAAGAAGAUACCAACCCCAUUAUUGGAUACUCAACACACAGAGAGAGAGAGAGAGAGAGAGAGAGAGAGAGGAACUCCUCCCAUGGCCACCACUAACACCUUUACUGCUACUCUUCUCUUCAUCUUCUUCUGCGUCUUCUUCUUCCUUGCAACGCCCACUUCGUCUUCUACACAAGAGCAGCACGAAGAAGAACUCCUCCUCGACUUCAAAUCCGCCAUUAACGACCCAGCCUCCGCCCUCUCCGACUGGUCCCCGGAAACGUCCCCAAAGAGCCAUUUUUGCAACUGGACCGGGGUCAGCUGCUCCGCCAUUAACACGGUGGCCUCCUUGGAGCUCCCGCACCUCAACCUCUCCGGGGACAUCUCCGCCUCCGCGUGCCUCUUCCCCCACCUCUCCUCCCUCAACCUCGCCCACAACAACUUCAACUCCUCCAUCCCCCUCCACCUCUCCCAGUGCACCGGUUUGCGCACCCUCAACCUCUCCCACAACUCCUUCUGGGGCACCCUCCCCGACCAGAUCUCCGACCUCGCCUCGCUCCAAUCCCUCGAUCUGAGCUCCAACCGACUCGAGGGCCGGAUCCCGCUGAGCUUGGGAUCGUUGAUCGGGCUCCAAGUUCUCAACCUGGGGGCCAAUCUCUUCGCGGGCACGGUGGAUCCCUCCAUUUUCGCCAAUUUGACCCAGUUGGUUGUUCUCGAUCUGUCCCAAAAUCCGAACUUGGGAUCGGAACUGCCCGAGGAGAUUGGGAGUCUGGGGAAAUUGCGGUCGAUUUCGAUGCAAAAUUCGCGUUUUUAUGGGAAAAUCCCUUUCACCUUUCUGAGCCUCUCCGAAUUGGAGGUCUUAGACCUGUCGCAGAACAAUUUCACAGGUAACAUCCCUCUGGGUUUUGGUUUCGGUAAUCGAAAGUUGGUGACUUUGGAUUUGUCUCAGAAUAAGCUCUCUGGGCUAUUUCCUGCUGAUGUUUGCUUCGGAAAAGCGCUUGUGGAACUUAGUCUUCAUGAUAAUUCUUUCAUUGGAGUCAUAGCCAACAGUAGUUUAGGGAAUUGCUCUGCUCUUCAGAGGUUUCAAGUGCAAAACAAUGGAUUUGGUGGAGCUUUCCCAUCCGGGCUAUGGUCAUUACCUGAUAUAAGGCUCGUCAGAGCCGAAAACAACCGAUUUUCGGGGCAGAUUCCUGAGCUAGCUUCGAUUCCACCUCGUCUCGAGCAAGUUCAGAUCGACAACAACAGCUUCAGCGGUGGAAUUCCGCAGAAUUUGGGGCUGAUCAACACGUUAUAUAGGUUCUCCGCCUCGCUUAAUCGAUUGAACGGAUCCCUCCCUGAGAAUUUCUGCGACUCGCCUGUUUUGAGUAUCAUUAAUCUCUCCCAUAAUUCUCUCUCAGGUCCGAUCCCGGAGCUUAGAAACUGUAAAAGGUUGGUAUCUUUAUAUCUAGCAGAUAACAGUUUCACCGGAAAAAUCCCUCCUUCUCUUGGGCAUUUGCCGGUGCUUACGUAUAUCGACCUGUCGAGUAAUAAACUUAGCGGUGAGAUCCCGCAGGAGCUCUCGAAUUUGAAGCUUGCCCUGUUCAAUGUGUCCUUCAAUCAGCUCUCCGGUAACGUUCCGCCCUCGCUGAUUUCCGGUCUACCUGCCUCGUAUUUACAAGGAAACCCGGAUUUAUGCGGACCCGGAUUACCCAAUCAAUGCGAUUUGCCUCCGAGAAGAAGAAGUCCGCGAACCGGCGAAUUGAUAUUGGUUUUGAUCUUAGUGUUAGCUAUUCUCGGAUUCUUAUUGUUCGCUGCAGGCUAUUUUGCAGUUUAUCAGAAGUUCGAAGAAAAGGCGAAGAACACCGAUUGCUGGAAAUUUGUGUUCUUUUACCCUAUCAAAGUUGCCGAAGAGGAAUUGUUCGCGGGUCUGAAUGACAAAAAUGUUAGAGGUAGGGGAGCAUUUGGUAAAGUUUACGUAAUUAAGCUACAUUGUGGGGAAUUUGUUGCUGUGAAGAGGCUGGUUAACUCUGGUAAUCUGUCUCUGAGGGCUAUAAAGUCUGAGAUGAAACUAUUGGCUAAGGCAAGGCACAGAAACAUUAACAAAGUGUUGGGCUUCUGCUUCUCAGAAGGAGAAGUGCUUAUCUUUUACGAAUACGUGAAGAAUGGGAGCUUAGGGGAUGUAUUAUAUAGAUCGGAUUUUGUGCUGGAGUGGAACGAGCGCGUUAAAAUUGCUCUCGGAAUUGCUCAAGGCUUGGUUUACCUACACAAGGACUACGUUCCGCGUAUGCUUCACCGAGAUUUGAAGUCGAAUAAUGUUCUCCUUGACGAUGAUCUUGAACCGAGAAUUACUGGAUUCGGGCUCGACCGUGUUCUUGGGGAGGCAUCGUAUCGGCUGUCCAUGGCUUCUGAGUUGAGCUCUUGCUGCUAUAUAGCCCCAGAACAUGGUUGUAAUAAAAAAGCAACAGAUCUCACAGAUGUUUACAGCUUCGGCGUCAUUCUAUUAGAACUGAUCACUGGAAGACCUGCAGAACAACCUGCGUCGAGGGAGUCUGUUGAUAUUGUGAAAUGGGUGAGAAGGAAAGUGAACACAACCGACGGAUCUUUACAAGUGCUCGACCGGAGGAUCUCCGUUGUGGCCCAACGGGAGAUGUUGCGAGCGCUGGAUCUCGCCCUCCGAUGCACGUCGGUGAUGCCUCAGAUAAGGCCGGCAAUGGACGAGGUUGUGCGGACGCUGCAGUCGCUCUAUUAUGUCGCUCGUCCUCCAAGUGUUUUGUCUAUCGAGACGAGUCUCGAAUGAACACCAUAAAAACUGGAAUAUGUUUUUGCGUUCUACAGGUACAUAAGAGGAGUUCAAGAAAAAGUUUAUGAUGCCUUCGUAGAACUCAGUUCUUUUUUGAAGGUCAAUUGUAGUAUUUUGUUGAAUGGUUUUAUCCCUUCGCCAAAGUAGUGAGCUUCCUCCUUCCACAAAGGAGAUAUAGUUCAGUAACAA